AUGAAUUGGAAAUUUUUGAAGGUAGCAAUUGGUAUAAUUUGGAUUGGUAAAUUCAAAUGUGUGGAAAAAUGUGAUGUCGGUUAUCGUUUGGUGAAUGGAACGUGCGUUGAUAUCGAUGAGUGUGUGGAAAAGACUUCUGAAUGCAACAAACGUGCUAGUUGCGUGAAUACAGUCGGAAGUUAUCAGUGCACAUGUGAAGAUGGCUUUAGCGGUGAUGGCAAAAACUGUACACCGCUAAAUGACUGUAGCCAACGGGAAGGUAUUUGUGAUCGGCAUGCUUUUUGUAUUAGCACUCUACGGAUGUGUAUAUGUCAGUCAGGAUACAUUGGUGAUGGCUUGAAUUGUUACGAUAUAAAUGAAUGCGCAGCAAAACAUGACCCUUGCGAAGGUCAAAUCGGUGAAUUGCGUUGUGUGAAUAUCGAUGGUGGCUAUAUAUGUUGUGAGCAAUAUCUGGAUGAUAAAAAAUGUAUUCGAGAAAAGGGUGCAUUCUGUUCUGGUGGGUGUGGAGUGCAUGCGGUAUGUUAUAAUGAAACAUGCCAAUGCAUGGAAGGAUUUAGUGGUGAUCCGCGAAUCAAGUGUUCAGAUAUAAAUGAAUGUGAGGAUGAUAAGCAAUGUCCGGGUGCUGGCGAAUGGUGUGUCAAUUUACUCGGUGGAUUCAUUUGUUGCAAUGCCGAUUCAAAGAAUCCUGAAUGCCUUGGUAGCAACUAUAAACUGGAGAGUACUCGGCGGAUUUCUUUCACUGGUAAUAUUCAACAAAAAGAAGCAGGCGGUUUUGUGAUCAUCGAUAAACAGGUGAUAUCAACGGGACAGUUUGGUCUUGCAUGCUAUUUUGGAUGUCCCGCUGAUUCGUAUUGUGUUAAUGAUACCUGCCGGUGCAAUGAUGGCUUCAUUGGAAAUACCUUCGAGGGUUGUGUAGAUGUUAAUGAAUGCGAGCUUGGCUUAUGUGACCAACCUGAUUCAUGGUGUGUUAAUUUGCGCGGCUCAUUCGCAUGUUGCACAACAAAUUCAACUUUAUCGCACUGCAUCGGUCUAGAAACCGGUCAUGAAAAUAGUCUCAGUGCUGGUAAUAUUAAAGGAAAGCAUCUUAGCUUGCCUUCUGCUGUCGGGAAAAUUACAGGCGACAUUGAAACUGUUACCGUCGGCUCUAAUGAUAUCAUUAGUGCUGAUAAUGCUGGUAAUGCAAAUGAUUCUUGGAGUAAAAGCGAAUUUAGUGGUAGUGAACGAAGGAGUAAUUGGGCUGUUGAAACAGUUGGAGAAUGGAAAAAUUUCACAGGCCAUGCGAUAAUUAUUGGACGUGGACGAAUUGAAAGUAAAAAAUGGAAUGUGACGAAGGACAAAAAUGGAACAUUGAUUGACAUUGAAGUGCGUGGAAACGAACGAGAAACAGGAAAGUACUUUGAAUCGUCAGUCAAAGAAGGAAGAGCAGAAGGCGGUGAAAAGGGUGAAGAAACAGAAGGAUCUGGUGAAGGUAUUGAAAUUAAUGAUAUUCAUGGAAUAGAAGGAACAAGUCCUGGUGGAAUUCUGGAUGCUAUUACUUCGCUACCUUCAGAAACUAAUAGAAGUAGUGAAACGGAAUCCGAUAGAAUCUUGGCAGUCACUGCUGCUUCAUCGCUGCCAACUGUUAGCAACUUCGGUGAAGUGCAUAAAAUUGAAGAAGAAGAGGCCGAAAAAGCUAAAAUCAUUAUCUUCCAGUCUUCGAAAACAUCAAUAAAUCAUACAUCUACUGAGUCAAGUUCAGAAAGUCCCAUUAUUUUUACUCCAAAAACUCUAGCGCCUCAAAUCCUUGAAAUGGAUUCAAAUAAAAUUAACACCAGUCAGGAUAGUUCUGAAAAAUCCACAAUUUCUGAAAUUCUCGAAACUUCUACCUACAGCACAGAUGCUAAAUCAGUUUCUGAAGCAGGAUUAGUGAAAAGUGCAGAAUUAGAAAUAAUUACGAUUCCGGAAAGUGAUGAGGCAAAAACAACGACUCCGAUAACGGAAAAUGAUUUGAUUAAAUCAAAGAAACCGAUAGGUACAAAGACAAGUAGUGAAACAAAACAAAUAACAACAAUUGUCGAUAAAGAAAUCAUCUUGACUACUACACCAUUGACCGUGGAAGAGCAACUCACAACCACUACAUAUAUUAUAAGUGAAAGUUCUAAAAUGCAAGAUCACUUAACUGAUAAGAAAAUUGAUGAUUCUCUAACAUCGCCAUACCAAACGAUAAUCACUGAAGCGAUAACCUCACCUUCUAUUCCCGAAAGUAAAUCAGAGUGGAAGAAGGAAGAAGGACAGAAACUGCAACUUGGAAAAACCGAAGCAACAAUUUCUGAAGCCGAGAUAGCAAUCAGUAUAAAAGAAGAAACUGUUACACCAGGGGUUAUAGAGGUUACUCGUAAAGAAACACCAAUUGUUAUUCCAAAGUCUGAUUUGCUAGGUUCAACUGCAACUGCAACUUCUGAAGGAUCAGAUAAAUUGGAUGAAAACACUCUACAAUUUGGUCUCGAAAUAAUUAAAGUUGCACCAACGACUAAACCACAAAAUAGAAUUGAAAUAGUGGAAGGAUCUGGUGAGCAUGUUUCAGAAAGUAGUAGAAGUGUUGAAGCAGAUACUAAAUUCUAUUCAUAUACGAAAAGCAUUAAACCAAUUCAGCUUAUAGGAAGUACCAUGGAAUUCGAAUCAGAUUUAACCACAAUAUCACAAAAAACUGAGAGCACAAAAUCAGAAUUCAUCCAAACUUCAGUUCCAAUUGAAAAAACUGAAACACUUAAAAGCACCAAGAUAUCUUCCACAUCGGAACAAACAUCUGAAAGUACCAAGGCCGAUAGUGUGGUAUCACAUGAUGUUGUAACUGCAGCAAGUUCAACAAGUACUCGUUUAUCUUUCAAUCAACAACUUUCAACAAUGACACCUGAUAAAGCAUCAGUUCCAUUCAGCAAAUCAAUUAGUCAUGAGUUAUCGGGAAUAGUCACAACUGAGAACUCGAUUACAACAACGAAUGCAAUACCUACUGAGAGCGUAACUGGAACUAUCCCACCUGAUGACUCUGUUGCAAGUGACGGCAAAAAUGCUACUAUGGAAACAGAAUACCAUGAAGAACCUCCAACAAAAGGUGUCGAAAUUGAGGGCUCAGGAGAGGAAAUGACUGGCAGCAGCACCAAAGGUUUUGUUUCAAGCACUAUCGUCGAAACAAAUGAGCUUUUCAGAACAGUAGCUACAAAUGAUAAGGUUGACGAAGUUGGACUGGAAAUUGUACUGAUUAAAGGAUAUCCCAAAAGAACAGAGACUGUAAUUGCUGUGACGAAUGCACCAGUACAGAGAAACUGGACUAAUGUAGUGAACACAUCCUCAGAUGUUAUUUUAAAUGCUUCGCUCUCCUUGGUGUCUACAACGGAGUCAGACAGAGAGGAUGCAAAGUCUACUUCAGAUUUUGUAGAAAGAAAAUCGACCACGGAAGAAUUUUCAACAUUCGAUUCUCACUAUAUCAAAGAAACAACAACUUUGGGAGCAAUUAGUUCGAAAGAUUUUGAAAAGAUUGAUGGUAUUAUAGGUGGAAAAGAAUUACGUCCAACUACAAAUAUUUAUGAAUCUAAAACUGCUUCCACUUCGAUAUCAAAUGCAACUGAAAUUACAAUGAUUUUGAAACAAUCAGCAUCUGAAUUUACGGAAAUCUCCCCUACGACUGGUAAAAGUUUGCUACCAAGUGAUAUAGAAACUAGGCUUAGAAAUACUUUAGAAUCCACGAAUACUAAUGGAACUACCGUUUUUGCAAAGGCAUCCGAAAUUAGUGAAGGAUCUACAAGUUCGGCUGUAGAAAAUACUGCAGAAGUUAAAACUAUCAGCGAAGAAGUGGGAAAAGACGUUGUGACGACGGAUGAGAAAAUGAAGUAUACCUCAUAUUCAACUGCUAUGGAUUUGAAUACUACUUCGAAAUCUGAUACUAUGACAGAAGCUGCUACAUGGAAGCGCAGUAUCAGUAGUAUAACAGAAGAAAAUUUUUUUAAAAAAGAACUAGUAACUUCUAGCAAAGAUACAUCAGCAGAAACACAGUCUGAUACAACAAUCGGUGAAGUUUCGACCUCGAGUGUAACUGAAACAGACAGAUUGACUUCAUCUGUUACGACAGUUGAAGCAAUCAGAUCUUCUGCAAUUACCGAGACAGUUAAACCAGAAACUUCUCUUAUUUCAGGAUCUAUUUCUACAAAAGAGAUUGAGUACAGAAUCAAUGAAACCAAAUUUAUUCCCGACGUUUUUUCACAAUCAAAGAGUGUAGAUACAUCGACGAUGUCACCAUCAACUUCUAAUUCUGCAAAAAUUGUUGAAUAUAAAACUUCAAGCCUCAAACUUGAUGAAACAAACAUAUCGAAAUUAGAGACAACAACGGAAUCAGCAGCUUCUGGAACUGGCAUGAAGACAUUGGAAUCGGUAAAAGAUGAAAAUUCUUCAAAAUUUAUGACGACAGCAAGCAAGACAAGCACGUUGGAAACUGCGUUAAUUGCUUCAGUGGAAAGAGAAUCUGCAUCGACUCGAGAAGGAGCAUCAUCUUCAGUGUUUAAGACUGCAUCUUCUGCUUUCAUAACUUCAAUCAGCUCUUCAUUUCCUUCUACUGAAAUUAUUACGAAGUAUGAAAGCACUGUCCCUGUUACAAAUCCAGAUGGUUCUCCAAGUUUGCUAUCUGUUUCAGAAACUAAGGAAACAGUUUCUCAAGUUAUACCUUCCACCAUCAUUUCUUCUCAAAAUUUUGAAACAUCUUUCGAGGAUUCUGUAUCUCGAACCACGUCGACAAAGAGCACUAUCGUUCCUUAUCACUCUGAAAGUUCUAAAGCUAAUUUUUCUUCAAUGCUGACACUAUCCAAGGAUAGUAUCGAAUUUGUAUCAACUACUGAUAGCACAAAUUUAUUAAAAACGGAAUCAAAAACUACCGGAUGGACGUUGAAACCGGAAGCAGGAAAAAGCGAGGCUGUACUAAAAGUGAAAGCAACAACUCCUAGCCUCAUUUCUGGGGUGGAAACAUCCGAAUCAACUAUUAAUCCAAUAAAGGAUUCUACAGAACUUGGCCAAAAAUUAAGUAAAAGCUCAGUUAGCGAUGAAAGUUUGUUAAAAAUAACACAACAAGAAACUAUAACUCCGCUCUAUGCUAAUAUUUCGAGCUCUGAACAAGAUGUGACAACCACUAAGGAGACAUACAGUCUGGAGGCAACCACAGAAACAGCAAUUAUUCAGAAUCACACUCAUAUUAUGUCUUUGCGCUGUCGAAGUAGUAAUGAAUGUGGAACAGAUGCAUACUGUGAACGACGAUCUGGUGUUUGUCGUUGUUAUCCAGGAUUUGAUGGACAACCACCGAUAAUUCCGUGUAUCGAUAUCAAUGAAUGCGAGCAGCAUUUGGAUGAUUGUGAUUCAACAUCUCGAUGCUCGAAUAAAGUUGGUGGUUUCAUGUGUUUCUGCGAAAUUGGUUACCGAAUGUCAAAAGAACGUAUUUGUGUGGACAUUGACGAAUGUCAAGAGCGUGCUGGGCGAUCUUGUAGUCAGCAUGCUACCUGUACCAAUAUGCCAGGAUCUUAUCGAUGUCAAUGUAAUUUUGGCUAUACAGGUGAUGGAUAUACGUGCAUUCCGAUAGAGAAGAGACAUUGUACGAAAGAAGAAUUAGCAAAGUCUAACUGUGGAAGUAAUCAUUUGUGUUUGGUGGACAAUAAAGGUGAAAUUGACUGUGACACCUGUAAGAAAGGUUUUACGAAGGAUGGAGCAAGCUGUAUUGAUGUUAAUGAAUGCAUUCAAAGUGGUAUAUGUCAUGAAAACGCAUUAUGCGAGAAUAUCAUGGGCUCUUAUUCAUGUCGCUGUCAUCCUGGCUACAAAGGAGAUGGUUCCAAAUGUGACGAUAUUGAUGAAUGCGAGAAUAAUCCGUGUCAUCCUCAAGCCAUUUGUAUCAAUUAUCCCGGCUCCUUUAGUUGCAAAUGUCCCGAUGAAUGGGUUGGUGAUGGCAAAAAUGAAUGUAUCAAUCCGUUUGAUACCGCUUGCUUGGAUAAAUUGUCUGUCUGCAAACAAGCCAAUCAUACAUCAUGCUUAUCAGUUAACCUCGGUUUUGUGACUACGUCGAUAUGUGAAUGCGCUACAAAUUAUCGAUACAAUUCUAUCAAACAUAGCUGCGAAGAUAUUGAUGAAUGUGUAGAGAACCGGCACAAUUGCGAUCCCUCAAAUUCGGUUUGUAUUAAUACAGAUGGUGGUUAUAUAUGUGAGUGCUCACCUGGUUACGAAGGUGUAGGAGGUGUUUGCGUCGAUGUUAAUGAAUGUGAACGCGGUAUCGCUGGUUGCAAUGUGGCUGCUCGAUGUGAAAAUUAUUUAGGAAGUGUCGGGUGCAAAUGCCCGCAGGGAUUUGUUGGCAAUGGCAUACAUUGCAUUGCUACCGAAUCGUUCAUAAAAGCCGGUUCCGGCUGUAACGAUGAAUGGAGCAGGACUUGUAGUGACGUGAAUAGAACAUGUCAUAUCGAUGAUGAAGAUGUGCCACAGUGUGGAUCGUGCAUUAUCGGUUAUCAACCAUUAAAUGGAAGAUGUCUCCCAAUACAAGAAGCAGGUAAUUGCGCGAAUCCGGAGAAGAAUGAUUGCGAUGUUAAUGCAGAAUGUAUCGAUAUAAAUCCGGGACGUCAUUUAUGUACCUGUAAAAUUGGAUAUAUUGGUGAUGGAAGACAUUGUGAUGAUGUUGAUGAGUGUUCAUUACCGGGUAUAUGCGAUCCGGCAGCUAAUUGUCGUAAUAUUAACGGUUCAUUCACUUGUGCAUGUCAAUUCGGCUACAUUGGUAACGGAUUUAAAUGUACGCCAAAAUUCAACAAAUUUGGAGGUCCUAAUUGUCAUUUGAAUGUAUCAAUGUGCCACAAAAAUGCUCGAUGUCAACUUAACGGAACCUGUAAAUGCAAUAAUGGAUAUGAAGGAGAUGGAGUUAGUAUGUGUCAGUUAGAAAGUGGCAAAAAGCAUGAUGAACGGACAGACGUUUCAAAGGUCACGAAAGCUGGUAUAGUUGUAGAGACAGGAGGAAGAAGUGCAACGUUGACUCACGAUUCUGUUUUUGCUUCCGGAUUUGCCAAUUCGUCCACAGUUAUGCCUGUUACGGAAGUGACUGGAGGGACAAACAAUGUGACAACUCAACAAAGUAGUACUGUAACAAGCAAAGAUAUAAAUGUAACUAAGGAAAGUUUAGAAAAAGAAAGCGUCGCUACCAUUACUAGUUCCAAAAUUUCACCAACUUGGAUAAGUGAAAUUAUUCACGUAACGGUAUCUGAGGGUUCUGGCGAAGAUGAUUUUAUCAGUAAGGAUUGGGAAGGUAGUACAAAAUCUGAUAACAAACUAUUAUUCACUGCUUCAGCAUUACCUUCGGAAAUAGUAUCGGUGAAUGAGAGUGCAAAAGGAGCUACAAGUAUUUCUGAUUCUGGUACCCGGAUUUAUUCAGGCUCUACUUUUUCAUCUAGAAGUUCGAUCAUUUCGGAAGAGGUGCAGAAAAUAGAUGUGCAAAAGUGCACUGUUACCAACCAAUCAGUGUGUCAUGAAUUUGCAAUUUGUGCGGAGGAAAGCGGAAAAUGCGUUUGUAAGUUAGGAUAUCGCGGUGAUGGAUACUCCAUUUGCAUGAAAGAUACUGAAGAUUGCAUUCUCGAUCCAACAGUUUGCGAUUCACGUGCUGUGUGUGAUGUAUUGACGCAUACGUGUAAAUGUAUUCAGGGUUAUAUUGGUGACGGUGUCAUUUGCGCUCCGGAUACUUUCGACUGCUUAUUGAGGCCAAAUUUAUGCAGUAAUUUUGCUGAAUGUAUUAACCGGAGAUGUAUAUGCAAUGUUGGAUAUACUGGUGAUGGUACUGAAUGUGUUACGGUUGAACCAUUACAUGAUUGUACACGAUGUGAUAUUAAAGCAAAGUGCUACAAUGAAACUUGUAUUUGUGAUAAGGGUUAUUUUGGUAAUGGAGCAAUUUGCUUCGCUGAUCCAGACGACUGUAUUCAUUAUCCGGGCCUUUGCAAUUCUAAUGCUAUUUGUGAUGAAGAAAAAAGGCGCUGUAAGUGCACGCGCGGUUACAUUGGAAAUGGAAUGGAAUGUAACAGGAAAAAGGAUUUGUUGUGUUCCAAUGACACAAGCAUUUGUGAUCAGAAUGCGGAAUGCCUUUCAACCGGUAUAUGCCAAUGUAAACAAGGAUUUGAAGGAGACGGAUAUUACUGCCGGAUGGUGAAUUUGAAAGAUGAAAAAAUGAUGCAAACAAUUGAGAGCAAUGUGUCAGAAUGUAAGCAAAAAUGUGUUGAAAAUGAGCAAUGUUACCAUGGAGAGUGUCGGUGCGCAAAUGGAUACAAAAGGGGCGCAAAUGCUACCUGCAUGGAUAUUGAUGAAUGCGCAAUGGGUACGCAUGAUUGUCAUCCGGUGGCGCUUUGUAACAAUACGUUCGGUUCCUUCACAUGUAUCUGCCCGAUCGGUUAUCAGGGAAGUGGACGCAAAUGCUCUCAACACCACCCUCUUCACAAUAUGUCCGUAGAUUGUGAAUUGGACGGGAUGACCCUAAUUUUGGCCAAUGACCCUGAUCUGUAUGAUGGUCGAAUAUUUGUUCGCGGCCAAACUGAUAAUCCAUUUUGUUCUAAGAAACUUAACGCUUUACUUGCUAAUGAAACCGAAUAUCAUCUUAUAAUUCAGUAUGCCCAUUGCAACGUUAGAUUCGAAGAACCGAAUACCAUUGCUGUGACAGUAGUAAUUCAACGACAUCCAAUGUUUAUCACUGAACGAGCAGAUGCUUAUGAUAUCAGAUGUACAUAUCCUGUUGGUGUACGAAAGGUAGCAAGUCAUGUUGGUAUUUCGGAGAUAACAACAACAAAGACUAUCGUUGAAACAGGAAUUGGACCAACCUGCUCAUUAACUGUUACUAAUGAACAGGAUCAAUUAAUUGAUACUGCUACUGUUGGACAACCAUUGAAACUUGCUCUUGCUGUUUCUCCAAAUGAUACAUAUGCAGUUCUUCCACGAAAUUGUUUCGCAAUAAAUUUGGAGACAGGUGAAUUAUAUUUGCUAACUGAUCAAAAUGGGUGUGCUAUUGAUACCGAACUUUUCCCAGAGUGGACAUAUCGACAACUAUGGCUUACAACAGCAAAAUUUCGGACAUUUAAAUGGCCUGAUAGUUCAAUGAUUCGCUUCCAAUGUGACUGUUCAGCAUGCAUUGAAAGCUGUCCAAAGAUUAAUUGUACGAAACGGCAAGAAUCGAUGAAACAGCGUCAUUUCCGACAUAUACGUGAAAUUCCGAAAAAUUUGAUAGAUGAAGAGCUAGAAAAACAUAUAGUAAAAGGUGAAAAAUGGAUGGCGUAUUCUGGAGCGUUACAUGUUAACGAAGAAGAAGAACUGAUACGAGCGCAACGUGACAUGAAACGUUGGAAAUAUCAAGGUUUAAAAAGUUACGAAGAACCAGUGGACAUCUUUGAUUCUCCGGAUGGUAUCUGUAUUCGGUCUUUUUGGAUAAUACUAUCUUUAUUACCGUUGCUAUUAUUACUGGUACUUAUUGGUUUACUAUCUGUAAUAUGGAGAAAGAAAGCUUCCACUAACAUACGCUGGAGGAAGGGAUGUAUUAAUAAUAGUGAAUCAUCAUAUCUCAAAUUUUAG